CCGCCCAAGUGUACCCGGAUGUGCGCCUGCCGGCGCCAUGAUGGGUGGGUGCAAGUGCGCAGCUGUCGCCAUGGGGAGGGAGGGAGCGCGGCCGCGUCGCUUCGCGAUCGGGAAAGCCCCGGGCGCUGGGAGCAUCGGGACGGAUUUGUGUUAAAGAGGAGAGUGCCGCUGGGUUUCACUCAGGAAGGAGUUCCUGUGAGGAACCGGCUGCUGAGCUGUCCUGACGGACAGACCCCGUGUGGCACCGGCGCUGCGGGGCAGGCGGAGGACGGGCUGCAGGGAUCCGAGAGUUCCGGUACCGCCAUCCCGCUAGGCCCCACCGGCUAGUACCGCCCGGCGCGCGCCUCGGGGAGUGCGUAACUCGCGUGGUGAUUGGCUCCCGCCCAACGAGGGGGCGGAAUUAGAGGGCGAAGCCGUGCCGGGAUUGGCCGGAGUGCGGGGGGAUCUGUCAUGUGAGCCUGAAUUGGCUGUCGCUGAGGGAGGGGAGGGCCGCAGGCGAUUGGCUGUGGUGCGACGGUGGGCGGGGCGCAGGAGGCUAUAAAAGGGGGCUCUUGGCGGGCAGCGCUAGUUCGGCGGCCGGUUGUGUUGGGGGUUAUUGUUUGUGCCCUUAUCGCUGCUGCGAGGAUGUUCGAGGCGCGGCUGGUACAGGGCUCGGUGCUCAAGCGGGUGCUGGAGGCCCUCAAGGACCUCAUCACCGAGGCCUGCUGGGACCUGGGCUCGGGCGGCAUCAGCCUGCAGAGCAUGGACUCCUCGCACGUGUCCCUGGUGCAGCUCACGCUGCGCUCUGAGGGCUUCGACACCUACCGCUGCGACCGCAACAUCGCCAUGGGCGUCAACCUCUCCAGCAUGUCCAAAAUACUGAAAUGUGCUGGCAAUGAAGACAUCAUAACUCUGCGAGCAGAAGACAAUGCGGAUACAUUGGCUCUAGUGUUUGAAGCACCAAAUCAGGAAAAGGUUUCUGAUUAUGAGAUGAAGCUUAUGGACCUCGACGUGGAGCAGCUUGGAAUUCCAGAACAAGAAUACAGUUGCGUGGUGAAAAUGCCUUCUGCUGAAUUCGCGCGCAUCUGCAGAGAUCUCAGCCACAUUGGCGAUGCAGUUGUCAUCUCCUGUGCGAAAGACGGCGUGAAGUUCUCAGCUAACGGAGAGCUGGGCAACGGAAACAUCAAACUGUCACAGACCAGUAAUGUGGAUAAAGAGGAAGAAGCUGUUACAAUAGAGAUGAAUGAGCCUGUCCAACUGACCUUUGCUCUGAGGUACCUCAACUUCUUUACCAAAGCCACCCCCCUGUCCCCCACAGUGACACUCAGCAUGUCUGCAGACGUUCCUCUUGUUGUGGAGUACAAGAUUGCCGACAUGGGACACUUAAAAUAUUACCUGGCUCCAAAGAUUGAAGACCAACAAGAAGGCUCUUAAUAGGAGCGGGACUGAGGGGAGAUGACAACCAACUUUGAGGAGGAAAUGGUGUUUUUAGCAAUUCCAGUGCGUUGCAGCAUCGUAUGAGCACCGUUAGGCAUUUGUGUAGAUAUCUUUGUAAAUAUUUUUCGCCUUACUCUUUUGCUAUACCCUUGUCAUUGGAAAUAGGAAAUUUUGUGUUGGUUUUGUUAGGUUUUUUUUUUCUAGUCUGUUCCUAUACUUCCAAUAAUCUCUUUAGAUGUUGCCUUAAGGUGAGAUAUCUUACUCCUCUCAACCCGUGUUAGAGAAGGGGUGCAAUAUUUAAAAAGCUGUUUCCUAGUCUGUCACCUGUGGAAUUAGUUGACCUGUAGGGUUGCUGUUCAAUUAUGCCACGACUUUAUUUGCCCUUCAUCCGUUUAUUUUCGAAGCCGGUAUUCUGCAACUUGGAAAAUGGAAAUAAAGUCUAUAAUUUCAUGGGUUUUAUCCUGUUUAAA